AUGGCAGUCAUGCGAACCAAAUCAAAUAUCAAUAAUGAAUUAUUUCAUCAACGAUUCACUGAAUUAAGUGACGAAGUACGUGCGAAAAACAAACGCGAAGAUCGUCUUCUCGAAAUUCGAUUGAAAUAUCACGAACGGGAGAAAAACAUUCGUUUGAAUAUUCUUCGUAAGGAGCAGUAUCAUCUCGAAUGCACACGUUCAACACUCAUCGAUCAAGUCAAUAGAAUUCAGUUGGAAAGAUACAGAAAGUUCAUGCCAUCAUAUCUGCCUGAAAAAAACAAAUUAGAAAUGCCGCCGUUAGUACAACUGUCAACACCGGAAUUUUUCAAUACCGAUUGGGAACCAGUGUCCAAUCCAAUUCCAGUGGUGGCCAAAGAAACAUCAAUUACACCGACAAAUCUCGUCCGACCUCAUUCAGCGGGCUAG